AUGCAGCCGCAAAGUAAUAACGUCCCAAGCGGGGUUUCCCGUAAGACGAGCGACGAUAUCAAUACCGUCGACGUCCACAUUUCGCCAAUGACCUUGACACGAACUGCCCUCGCCGCAUUGAGCCUGAAGGCGAUGUUAUGGGCGCACAACGAGAUCGGCUGGGGUUGGCAUUUCGUGCAACACAAGGUCCUAUUUCUUCUCGGCUGGACCAUCUUCGCGUGGAAUUUGGGUCUGACCCUCUACUCAAUUUAUUCGAAUAUACUGCCAUCCAACCAGGCUUUGGCGUUAUCGCCUAAUGGCAGCGGCUUCGACUCGGACCUAGAAGAAAACGAGGAGCGGGACGAGAGGAGACGCCGACGGUCCCGUUGGGUACGCGCGCUUAUCGACAAUGCCCUGGCCCUGUUUACACUUCUCCUACUGUUUCUCUCCAUAUUUGUAUUCCAUCCCCGUUCCUCGGACGUGUCCAAGUAUAUGCGCCCCGAUGUCUGGGUGACGCUAAGGCCUGGUACAAUAGCGUGGAUAUCCUCUUUAAUUGCGCUUGAGUUGCUCGUGGGAUUUUCCCAGACGUUCGAGAUUGUCGAGAGACCAGUCAUUAGUCUUCGACUGGGGGCCAAACUACGCGGCAUCCGCGAUAGUGAGCAAGGCCGCAUCCUGAUAUAA